UAUACAACACAUAAAAUGGGUAAACACAAUAAAAAGAAGAAGAGCAAGGGGACGAAUGCUUCUUUAGGAAAGUCUCUGAUAAAUAACUUAAAAAAGAAGACCGAUAAGAAGAAUUAUGUCUCCGACCUGCAUAGGUUCGAGGACAGGAAGUUCGAGAGAACGGACUUGACGAGUAUAUUAGAACAAGACUCUCUUAACGAGUUCGCUGACCUUGUUAGCCUAAGUCAAAAGAAAGCACAGGUACUUCGGGGAAAAGAGAUUAGUGAAGAGGCAGAAUCAUCCAAAAAUCCUAACUUAGCAGUAUUUGAACAUGUUAUUGAUAAGGGCAUCAUCAGGCCGAAAUACGCUCCUUUGAAGCUCCCUAGGAAACCUGCCUGGAACAAAAAUAUGACCAAGGCAGAGCUCAUUACCAAUGAGAACAAGGCCUUCCUAGAAUGGAGAAGAGAUGUAGCAUUUAUGGAAGAAGGGAAUGUCAACCUCGCAAUGACUCCAUUUGAAAAGAACCUGGCAGUCUGGAAACAACUUUGGAGUGUUGUAGAGAGAUGCCAAAUUCUCAUCCAAAUAGUCGACGCUCGUAAUCCUUACUUCUACUACUCUGCAGAUCUUGAAAGGUAUAUCAAGGAGUUGGAUGGUAAUAAGCACUACCUUUUACUUCUUAACAAGUCUGAUUACUUAGACGAGGCACAGAUCCAGCACUGGAAUGAUUACUUUAAGGAAAAAGGUGUAGAGCAUAUCUUCUUCUCAGCAAUGGCAGAAAAGACUAGAAUGGAGCGCCAAGAGCAGCAAAAUAAAGCCAAGGAUCUCCCCAAAACCGGCGUAGCCAACGAGAUGCUAGGAGAUAUCAGAGAAGCCAUUCAAGAAGACGAAGAAGAAACUAAAGAACUUGAGAAAGUAGAUGAGAUCCUUGAAAAAGGUGAACUCUCCCUUCUUGAUGAUACCACUAUUUAUAGCAGAGAGGAACUCAUGAGACUCAUCAGAGUUUUUAUGAAGCAAAGAUGUGACAAACCUGAGGGAAAAGACGGAAGGCACAACAUUGGAAUGAUUGGGUACCCUAAUGUAGGCAAAUCCUCUGUAAUUAAUGUUCUCUGUGGGUCUAAGAAAGUUGGAGUUGCUUCGAGACCAGGUAAAACAAAGCAUUUCCAAACAAUCUACUUAGGAAGCGAUAUAUGCCUAUGAGAUUGCCCAGGACUGGUCUUUCCUAGUUUUGCAUCCUCAAAAUCUGAAAUGGUUUGCUGAGGAGUAAUCCCAAUUGAUAACUUGAGAGAUAUCAAAGGACCUAUGGAGCUGGUAGCUCAAAGAAUACCGAAGGAGAUGUUCGAACAAGAGUAUAAGAUUUCACUUCCUGAAACAUACUCUGCAAGUGAAGUCCUACAAGUUUACUCAGGAUUCAAGGGAUAUGUUACUGGAAGAGGGCUACCUGAUGAAAACAAAGCAGCUAGAAUAAUGCUCAAGGAUUACAACAAUGGGAAACUGCUCUUCGUACAUCUGAGACCAGAUUACGAUCCAGAGAAACACGGAUAUGUGAACCAAUCAAACGUCGAAUAUACCAUGAAAUUCAGCAUCCCAGAACCCGAUGAAGAGUCUAAAGAUGGACAAAGUGAAACAAUUUCUGAUGCUUCGAUGUUGUCGGCAGCUGAUCCUAGGACUGAGGUUGGAAUUCAUUACUCAACGAAAAAUCAGCAAUUCACCAACCAAAUGGAGAAGAAAUUCGACAAAGAUUUCUUUGAACAAAAAUCUCAAAAGAAAAUGACCAAAGCUCAGAGGAGAGAACUUAAAUUCGCAAAGAAAAGAGGAGAAGAACCUGAAUCAGUAGAUUUAGACAACCCCAGAAUCAAUAAAGGUAAGGGGAAACGCGCAGUAGGUGGCUAUAACGAGAAGAAAAAGACAGGGGUUAAUAGUAACAAAGUAUCCCAUUUCUCUGGACUUGAAUUUGACUAA